AUGAGUUGGAAGAUUUUCCUGUUUGCUACCUACACAAAAGAUAAUUCAAGCAAAGCACCAAUUAUUUGUAUAAUCGUUCAUAAAUGGUUUUCAAGACCAUCAAAAAUAAAUAUUUCAGUUGUUGCACCGUUAAUGAUGACUUCUAAUGUAUUAUCUCUUUUGUAUGAUGGUGAAACAUUUUAUGUUCUUUCAUCAAAAGUUUAUAUAGAUUCAGUAUUAAAUUUAAAUGAAGAUGAUUGGAAGACAUUAAUUCUAUAUGGAAAAAUAGGUAAUAAAUUACAUGAGUUACGAACAUUUGUUUCUCAUAUGAAAAAUGAAAGAAUAAUAAUUGAAAAAGAAAAGUUAACAUUAAAUUUUGACUUUAAAUAUUCAAAACAACGUGAUGAUAUUGUUUCAAAUAUUGCCAAAUUAAAAUUAAAUGAAAUUGAUAAUUCAAUUGAAUUAAAUCAACCUCGUUCUUAUACAAUUAAUGAUUUUACAUUUUUAUCAAAUCGUGCAAAAGUAUUAACAACAACUGAUGAUGAAUAUUCUGAUAUAAUCGAUAUUUUAGAUCAUACAAAUGUUCCAUUAAUUGAAUGCGCUAUUUCUAUGGAACAAGGACCAUUUGUUCUUUGGUUAAAACAACCAAACAAUCUUGAAGAUACAACUACUGACUUUAUUAUUAAUUUUCCAUUAGAAGGAAAUAAAAAUUUAAUUAAUUGUAUUAUUGCAAAUUCAGUUUGUGGUUAUUGUGCUAAAUCUUAUAUAAAUGCAACAAUAAAUAAUUCAAAAAAAUGA